AUGGUAAUUAAAAAGCCGGUAAUAACCGUAUACGAAAGUGAUCCUAUUACGGUGGAGAAAGAAGUAGUAGAGAAGAGGUUUGUGAGUAAUGUAGCAAAUGAUUCUCCUCGCAUGAAUCUGUCGCCAGACGACUCUGUCCAGAAUAUUGAUACUAACUUCUCCGACUUUGUGGAGAAGUUCAAUAGAGUAAUGUUGCACGAAAGUGGUAAGUAAAUCUAUUUUAUCUUAAUAGCUGAUAACAUUUAAAGACUGUUUUAAAAUAAGUUUUUAGAGAAAGGGUAUCAGUCUUAUCCCUCUGACAGUAUUCUGACAUCUAAGCCAGCAUCACAAAGAUUGUCCGAGCUUGAAGAAGAGGUAUUAGAGCUGGAAAAGGAGUUGGAAACUGUAAGUAUUUUAAAAUUACUGUAAGAAGGUUUAAUCAGUAAAGUGUCGGUCAUGAUAAACGUAUGCUAAAUACUACAACUUUAGAAUUCGGAUUUUGAAAUUACAAGUGAGCAUCUAAACUCACUAAAGAAACUCGUAGAAAAUGCCAAGCUGAACAUGAACAAGACGGUAACGGCAUAUGAAUCAGAAGCGAAACAAAGGUUAGUUGUCUCGUAUGUUGUGAGUUAUUUUAGAUUUAUGUUUUAAAUUGUUGAUUUUAUUACUGUAGUUCUUUCAGGAAACAACUUCCUGAAGAGACCGUUGGGCCAUCAGACAUCGCUUUACUUUCUGAACGUGUUUCUCGCAUCAUAACCAGAUUAGGAGCUGAUACAAACAAUUCUAAUGCUUUUCUAAGACCGUUGUCGCUAAUGGUCGAAGAACUGCUGGUACGUCUGGAGAGCUUCACAACUCAGAGUAAAGCUGAGAUCAACACUGAACUGACGGCUACUUUGACGCAACUUCAAGAGUUCAACAAGAAUUCUGCGAACGAAAGUCAUCAGAAGGUAAACGAGCUGCACGAUAUUCUACAGAAAUGGAAUACGGAGUGCCAGGUACUUCCUCAGCUGCUAAAACACCUGCGACGAUGUGCAAAGUUGUCAGAGCAUGGUAAGUAAAUGUGAAAAGUGAAAUAGACUAUUGUUGUAUCGAAAGGUUAAUUGACUAUAAUUUUUGUAAGAAUUGCAAGGUUGUAGUGUAAGGUACUAAUGUGUAUCAUUCUAGCUGAAGAUAUGCUGAGAAACGCCGAGAAUCUGAGUCAGACCUUCGAGGAAUCACAGAAACUCUUACAAAAUCUGUCAGCAUCAAAUUCGUUCCAGAAUACCGUAACAGAAUUAGAGAAAAUUCAAAAAAUGCUUUAA